AUGGCAACUUCUAGCCACUCUGACGAUUAUGAACCUAGAGAAAAACGAUCAAGAAUGGCAAAACCGUGUCGCAAACAGCCAACGCAUCAAAUGCGUCUUCCAAUAAUACUGCCAAGACUACCACCUAAGGUGUCGACAUCACAAAAUACAUCAGUUCGCCUGAUAAGUACCCCGCCAACAAUUGUUCCAAGCUCGUCGAAUCCACGCCCAUUGAUUUCUUUACUUGAUCGAACAGAGUUCAGAGACCGAUCUCGCGUUGCGAUGAUCACACAACAACCAUCCAAACCGAAGAAAUGUUACUAUACGGAAUUGAAUGAAAUUCGAAGAGAGUUUGGAAUACCUGAAACGUUUGAUACAAAUAAGCCUAAUACGAUGAGUGGAGUUGCUUUGGCCGAAAAACUCCAACUGCUCCAGAGAAUGCGCGGUGAAAAUAAAUUUCUACUGGAGUCAAUUCAGAAAAAACAGAAUGCAUAUGAAGAACGGAGAGUAUCGAUCGAACAAGUUCGCAGAGUAACACAAGACACUAUCGAUAACUGCCAUCUACUCAAAGAAACUUUACAGACAGUAGAAGAAGAUAAUUUAAGAUUGAGAAGUCAAUUGAGGUAG